AUGCCGUCAGGGGGUGUGGGCGUGAACCCGAACGGGCCGCCGCCCGAGUAUCGCCCGUGGAGCGACUACGACUUUCAGUCUCUGAAUCUGGGGCUGAACCAGGAGUGGAUUGAGCUCGAUUUGUUCCACUACGGCCUGGCCAAGUUCUCGAAGCAGGAGUUCUAUGAUGCCGGACUCAACGACGACUACCAGUUCCUGAUCGAGUGGAUGGCGGACCAGGAGGUCGGGCAUGCGACCUCGUUCCCAAUGACAACAUGA